CAAAAAGGGUAGGUUAAGCAUUCUAAAAUCAUUUACAGCCCAUGCCAAAGAAAAAAAAUUAAUCAUAGCUCUUCAGAGUAAAGUUUAUCAGUCAAAUGAAAAGAAACAGGUCAACAAAUACUUCAACGCCACACGAUGGCCGAAAAAAAGGAUUGGUACCUUAAAAGUUUUAAACGCCUACCAAAUAUUUUAUUUUUACGCAUGUCGCGUGUACGACUAUAGAAUGGCAAUGCCAGGCAUAAACAAGAAACGCUUACAAGAAACAACUACUAAAAUAGAGCGAGGACAAUUUGGAACUCCUUGAUAAAAAAACAUUUUUUUUUUUUUGUAAUUAUUUGCUUUUACUUUCUUUAUAAUGACACCAAGCGUUGAGGAAGAUUCCAGCUCCUCAUUGGACAAUACAAGCUAUUUUGAAAUGGAUAAACAAUCUGGUAAACUAGUUGUAGGACCCGAAGGAAACACCAUACUAUGUGAUUCACCAGCACCUUCUGAAUUACCACCUUAUUCGAGUCCUGACGAAGCAUCGACUUCCAAAGAAAUACUUCGUAAACGACAUUCAGUGAAUGCUAGUAGACGAUCGAUAUCAACAGAACGUACCAAACCUAGAAGAGUGAUUGGUAACUUCACUUUGGUUAAUACGCUGGGUUCUGGAUCGAUGGGAAAAGUACGCCUGGCAGUACAUAACAUUACAGGUGAUAAGCUUGCAGUUAAAAUUGUCCCACGCCGACAACCUAGAGAUGGUAAAUCUAGUAGGAAGAAGGAAAAAGAUGAACACCGCGAAGUGAGGACGAUUAGAGAGGCCAGCAUCAUGUUAUUACUUCAUCAUCCUUAUAUUGUCAGCCUCAAGGAAUUGGUCAUAUUGGAUUCGUAUUACUAUCUAUUUAUGGAAUAUGUAAAUGGUGGCCAGCUAUUAGAUUACAUCAUUUCUCAUGGUAAAUUAAAAGAAAAGCAAGCCAGGAGAUUUGCUAGACAAAUAGUGAGUGCAUUAGACUACUGUCACCGAAAUUCAAUUGUUCAUAGGGAUUUAAAGAUUGAAAAUAUCUUGAUUUCACAAUCUGGCAAUAUCAAAAUUAUAGAUUUUGGAUUGUCCAAUCUUUUUUCGCCUCGUUCUUCAUUAAAUACUUUUUGCGGUUCGCUUUACUUUGCUGCGCCCGAAUUAUUAAAUGCAAAAGCAUAUACGGGGCCUGAAAUAGACGUAUGGAGUUUUGGUGUUGUCUUGUACGUGCUUGUAUGUGGUAAAGUUCCUUUUGAUGAUCAAAAUAUGCCGGCAUUACAUGAAAAGAUUAAAAGGGGUGUGGUUGACUAUCCCUCACAUUUGAGUACAGAUUGCAAAAGCGUCCUAUCUCGAAUGUUGGUAACAAAUCCAGCACAUCGCGCCACGGUGUCAGAAGUUAUUAUUCACCCUUGGAUGAAUAAAGGCUAUGAUGCACCGGUUAACAACUAUUUGCCAGACAGACCCCCAUUGACAUUGCCUAUUGAUAUGGACGUGGUUCGAGGUAUGACUGGUUUUGAAUUUGGAACUGAGGCUGAAAUUAAAGAUAAAUUGGAAAAGAUCAUCACAUCCAUUGAAUAUCAAAAAGCUGCCAAAAUUUUGGCAGAUCGUACAGCAGAAACACACCGAAACCAUCGGCAAGGCCAUACUUCAAGAUUUUCACCGCAUACUAGCAAAAAAGCUUUUGUGUUACCUAAUGAAGAUCCACAAUCAAUCCCGGCUGCUUAUCAUCCUUUAGUCUCGAUAUAUUAUUUGGUUAGGGAACGAUUAGAUCGAGAAAAUGAACAAAACUCACCACUAAGUCCAGAUACAGCAAUAUCUUCCAGUUUACGCAUACCAGAUAUAACUUUACCUGAGAACGCACAUGCUUCAACAAACAUACCGUAUGAAUCUGUAUUUGGAGAUGAAUCCGUCUCAUCUGGUGUUGCGUAUGGAAAGAAGGGUAAGGCGACUAUUCAUGUGGAUGAAGAUGGGCAUAUGCUGGAGACACCUAAUACGGACACACUUCAUGCUAUUGAAAACGGCAUCAAUCGAUUGUUUACACGUACUCGAUCUAACCAGUCUUCAGAAAACACGGAUGAGGGAUCUCCGGGAGGACGUGAUUCCAAUAAUGUCCUUCGUCGUUUAAGUCUUGCAUUAUCUCGUACAUCUACAGAUAAGGGAUCAAGAUCACGUAAGUCGAGUGCAACCCAUGGAGAAACCACGGUACUAUCGUCUACGUCCACCCCCAUACAAAUCCCUUCACGAGAAAAUGAUGGCAAAUACCUAUCCAAAUCCUAUGUGUCGCCCAAAUUCCCCAAUUCGAAAUACAACUCACAGUAUCAUCAUACUUCUGAUCAAAGCCAAAGCUUACAACAGUCAGAUUUGGAUGUGGCUACGGCUGCUGCUGCUGCUGCUUCCGUCUCGUCGGCAAAUACAUCCAACAGCAACACCUUCGGAAACAAAAUUAGCAAGAUAUUACCGCGAAGAAUGACUUUAGGACAAUCCAACAUAAAUGCCGAAAAUCAUAAUAACUUUUUGAAUAUGGUACAUGGUCAUCAUCACCAUGAAGCUCGGGGCACUUCUAAAAAGUCGCCUACCAAAAACCCAUCAUUGGUUGUGGAUUGUGAAAAGAAAAAAGUGCAUGAUCAUGAACAGUCAUUCCCCGCCACUGCAGGUGGAUCUUUCCAACAAAAGGGUACGGCCGAUGAGAAUAUUAAACCUGUUUUCUUAAAGGGAUUGUUCUCUGUGACUACGACUUCGACAAAGCACCCCUCGGUGAUACGUGCAGAUCUGAUACGUGUAUUGGAGCGUAUUGGAGUGAAAUGGCGAGAAAGUAAAGGACGAUUUGAAUGUGUUCAUAUGCCUAGUAUUGAUUUAAAUGUGGUGGUGAAUGACGAGUUAGAGGAUCAACAUUCGUUUUCUUCGGAAGAAGCUACGACAGCUGCAACGAAUACGCCUGUAGUGCCAGUACCGGAUCUAGUUGUGCGGUUUGAGAUAUAUAUAGUUAAGGUGCCAUGGUUGUUAGGUAUGCAUGGCCUACAAUUUCGUAGAGUGGGUGGAGAUCCAUGGCAAUACAAAAACAUGUGUAGCAAAAUAUUAACUGAACUAAAACUGUGAAAGAUAAAAAGAACACACAUAUAUUCCCCUCCCCAAAAACACAAUUGUAAAUAUGCAAUAUAAACAAAUACAUCC